UGGUGAGUCAAACUGUCUGCAUUAACGUCAGGAGAUUAGCUAGCGGUUCGCAGCUGGAAUGCAAGGUUAAUUCACAAAGGAAAGUGAGGAGGCGAAGCCACAGCUGCAGAUACGUAUCAGACGGCUACAUCACGCGCAGCCAUGAAAGGAGAGCAUCUAUUCCCGAAGAUGAGAGGCGCCGUUUUUUACCAGCGCUUUUACCUGCUGGGCGGGGAGGAGCUGCUGGUGCUGCAGAGCUCCGCGUGGGACCCCGUGCUCGGAGACGGCUUCCACCAGAUCACCGACUUCAACGACCUGCCCACCGCCCUCUUCGCCUGCAACGUGGACCAGUGCGUGUUCGAGGAGCGGGAGGGGAAGGAAAUGUUUGAGGCCCUGUUCCUGGCGUACGACGACCACGUGACAUUCCAGCUGUUCAAGAGCUUCCGUCGCGUGCGGAUCAACUUCAGCAACCCCAAAGCCGCCGCCAGCGCCAGGAUAGAGCUGCACGAAACGCCCUUCCGGGGCAAGAAGCUGAAGCUCUACUUCGCCCAGGUACAGAACCCAGCUUCCGACGGGGACAACCUGCACCUGGCGCCUCCCCAGCCCUCGAAACAGUUCCUCAUCUCCCCGCCGGGGUCGCCCCCCGUGAGCUGGCAGCAGAUCGACGAGGCCACGCCCGUCAUCAACUACGACCUCCUCUACGCCGUCGCCAAGCUGGGCCCCGGAGAGAAGUACGAGCUCCACGCAGGGACAGAGUCCACCCCCAGCGUGGUGGUGCACGUGUGCGACAGCGACACCGAGGAGGAAGAGGAACCAAAGAAUUGCCCCAAGCCAAAAAUCAUCCAGACCCGGCGCCCCGACCUUCCUGUAUCCCACUGAACUGUGACCCCACCAAAACCCCCCCCCUCCCCCCACCCACACCCCCAUCGGCAGCCCCCCCCUGCAGGGAGGGAAGAGAACCCUGUCCCUGUGUCCCUGACAGGACCCCCCAUCUCACAACCAUGUUCUGUAAACACCACCCCCCCCCCCCGCCCCCAAAAACCCACCACCACCCCACCAGUGUCCUGACAGUCCUGUCAGAAGGGCUAGAGGGGGCCUGACCUGUGCUCCUAAUCUGACACACGGCCAUUAAUGUGCGAUCACUAUGUUUUUUUUAUUUUUUUUUAAAUUUGUUUGAUUGGCAUUAUUCUGUGUACAAUAACCAUGUCCUUAACCCUGUCUCACAGUUCUGUUGUAAUGUCACACACACACACACACACACACACACACACACACACACACACAUCUAACAGCGGGAGGCAGCAGCAAUCAUGGCCGCCUUGAGCUCUGCCUGUGAUUGGCUGUGGGGCUGUGGCGCAUGAGAGUGUGAGAUUCCUAUUGGCCCGACUGGGCCUCGGGUGCGACUAGCUUCGUGCUUGCGCUGCUAGGCUAACAACCGCACACGCCAACAUCGACGACAAAUAGUGCAUUUUCACAAGGGCAUGCUGGUCACUGAGGGUGACCGAAAUCCAGCGCUGCAUGAAUCGACACAGCCUGAUAUGAAAAAUAUAGCAGAAUAUUUCUUUUCACAGUCCCAGACGCUUGUCAGAGGUUAAUACUCACAUAGCAGCGCUGUCAAUCACAGGAAACCUUUGAACCUUGCCAAUGCAUGCACUGAUCUGAUAUUGUUUCGCGUAUCUACUAUGUUCUGUUUGCUGUGUAUAAUUGUUCACUCAGAAACCUUUCUGUGUCUCUGCCUUUCAAUGUUACUCACAGAGUAAAAAAAAAAAAAAAAAAAAAAGACUUUUACCAGUGACAUCAAUAAAACAUUCUGGGCCAUGCACCUUCUAGUGAAACAUAUGUAAGAUGAUAUUGCAAAUCUGUGAUUUUCUUCAAUGUGAAUCUUUUGUGUCCCUGUCUUGUCCCUGAGGCUCUGUUAAAAAAAAAAAGAAAAGAAAAAAAGAAGUACUGUAAGGCCUUGCUGGGUCCCAGUCCAUCUUUACAUCGGAUGAAAUGAGAAGCAAAUCAGACAUUACUAGUUGAACUGAAGCCAGAGUCCGUAAAAUGCAUGGUUUAUUGUCAAUGGAGACAAUUGUGUUGUUGAAAAAGCAAUGAUUCAUGAGUUUAUUUUGUUUGUGUGCCUCAGCAGUUUAAAACUGCAACACUUAAAAAAUUCAAGUGCAUGAUUUUAGAAAGAGGGCAGCGUAAAUCUACACUAUAGCUGAUGUGAAUUUUAAAGUUGCUAUAACACAGCUUGUGACAGCUCUAGAGGAGGACACAAACAUCUUUUUUCUUUCUUUCCACUUCCCAUUUCUGCUCUUUUUUUCUUCAGCUGGUGUCUUUUUGAAGUAGCAUUACCACAUUGCAGCCAGUCUGUUACUCACAUUGGCAGUGGAACAACAUACAGAUUGGAUAUAUUUGAACGUUGAUCCAAAAUUUCAUUUGAAAAAAAUUUGUUACCGGCUUUCUGUGGUCAAGCCAAACAAACUAAAUUCAUUUUCAAUACAUCGGCACUGUGAAUCACCAACGCUGUGACUCCCUCAUCAUUCCUCAGUGUAUUUAUUAAUAAUACUUUCCCUUCGAUAUUUUUUCUCUGUAGCGCAAUGCUGAUAGGCAAAUAAAUAAGCAAUAUAUUGGGCACUAACACAUUCCCUAACAAUUGCUUACUAUAUUGUAAUAGCAGGUUCUAAAGCGGUGUCAAAUUUGCUAAUAUUGUGUGAAUGUGAAAUGAGAAAUGUUUCCUCAUGAUUGGGGAAUUUGUUCAGCUGACCAUGUGGUAAAUAAUGCAGUAGUGUUCUUCAAAAAUACAAGUUUUUCCUCAGAAAACAUAAAGAGUAGCUGGUGCUUCCAUUGCUUUUUAAUACUUAUAUUUAUAUUAAAACACUGGGGAUGAGAGAGGCCUAUUUUCUUAGAAUCUAUUGCAUGUUAUAUGACAAGUAUAGCAGUUCUUUACUUGCCACUCUUCUCAGUUUUGUAGGCACAACAUUUUGGAGAGGUGCCCUGCUACAGUGCUGUUGUUAGCCGACUAUUGCAUAUAUGACCGUUUCCAUUUGAAGUCAUUCAGAUUAUUCCUUUCUUGUGGGAGUUAUUUAGAACAAUGAGGAAGGGAAAGGGAACCUUUGUGCUCAGUAUGAGAGAAUAGGGGGUGUCACUGUUCAGAGCAGGAAUUUUGAGUGGCGCUGACUCCCCUAUGUGGGAAUAUCCGACAGAGGAAGACGGUGCUGUAGGUGGGGCUUUUCCUGGGAAAAGGAAGCGAUUGGAUUUUGAAAACACGUUAUUGUUUUUCGCCAAACAAUUGCAUGUACUUCAGAUGAUUUCAUAGAAGUAUGCUAAUUCAUAUUGGCGAAAUGCACCAGGACAAAGCUGCAGGUCAUUAGUCAUGGGACAGUGAGGAUUCAUUAAGCCCAAUAAUGGGUUGAGCUACAAUGAUCGCAGACUAGUUUGAACCAAUCAAAACAAUGUGUUCCGCACGGCAGAAACACAACGAUUUGCCCCAUCGGCGAGCACAUGACAUCCCCCAUUUUGGGUCUUGUGAAGCCUCAGUCCCAUCGUUGCCUGUCGAUCUGCUCCGCUCCAUUACUUUUCCCUGUACCUUCAGUGGCCCCCGUGUGGCACACACGUGCGACCUUUGAACUCUCAACUAGAGGAUAUGGAAACGAAGCACCUCAUGACUAAUUCAUGACUGCAAAUAGCAGGUGGAAGAUAGAAGGAAUCUGAAGCACUUAAUCAAGUCACUGGUGCAUAAGACUGAGAACAGUUUGCACUAUUGCCAUCUCCCUCUCUCUCUCUCUCUCUUUCUCUCUCUAUUUUAUGAACAAAAGAACAUAUUCUAGAGUUGCAUUGUUAAACUGUGCAGACAGUUGCAUUUUCAGUGCUGAAGAGAAGGUGGUCUCUUUUUAAAGGCUCUGACUACAAACUCAAAGUUACAAGACCUGACACUGCAUUCUGUGGUGCAUUUAAAAUUCCCUUUCAGUAAAACUUGUCAGAUGGAUGCUCAACAGAGGGAAUCAGAUUUAUUCUAAACCUUAAUGAAAUCAGCAGUAACUGCUUCUGCAAUAGAUUAAAAGUUCUGUACAAAUCAGAUGGUUUGGCUGUUAUAAAUUCAAACUUUGUUUUAAAUUAUCUCCAGACUAGAACAUUCUAUGACUGCUGUCAGUCCUUUUCACCAGUCUUGUUCUCUCUUCUCCUAUGUAGACACCCUGCAUAUUGUCAUUCAUGUAUCUCUAUAUCGUUUUAAAACAUGUAUUUUAAUACUAUUUUUUUUUUUGUUUUGUUUUUUAAAGAAAAAAAGAUAUUCUUUCUGUUUUUCUGAAAGUCUGCUGGAAUAGGAAACAGUCCAUUGGGGAACUGAUAUCUGUAUUGUGUAAACUUGUGCAAGACCAUCAGUGUACUUGUCAUCUACAUGUACGACCUGCCUGCCUACACUGAAAAGACAUAUCUGUAUAUAUUAAUCAAUACUAUUUUUACUGCAUUUUUGUACAAAUAUUCAUGGUAGCCAUGUAGGAGUAGCUGAAAUCUACGGUAGUAUUAAAAGAGUUUGAUUUAAA